AUGUCCGAUUCAUCAACCACCAUUAACCGAAGCACCACGCCAACCGAGAUGAAGCAGAUCGGUACACCGCUGAUAAAGGCGCGACCACUCUGUCCGCAGAAUAUGCCCCCUUCAAGCCCACGAUGGCAGAAGAUCAGACUACUUCUGCGAUCAAUAGGCCUAGGCAUCACCUCUAUUAUCUAUGGAUCCGAGCCACGCAAAAGUGCCUUCUACAGAUCACGUCGCGCUGUGCUAGCAGCCUCUGCUAUACAUGUUCUGCCAGCGACCGUAUCAGCGUUUCUACUAACGUUCAACAUCCGUGGAUAUUUCAUAGGACGUGAACUGGAGGGCUCUAAAGGCCAGGAUGACUUGAAACUUGGCGCUCUCCAGAUUUCAGCAGAAUUGCAAGAGCUCCUCAUCACAGCCAGCCUAAGCGCCAUUCUCUUAAAUGUUAUUCGGCGGCAUCUUGUGCUCAAAGAAGGUGUACCACUUGGUUUUUUGGGAUCUGACAAAGCCUUUGCGCAAGCCAGCUUCUUCUGGUCCGUCGAGUUUUGGGGCGGCGUUCGAUCAUUUCGUAACCAGAGUUGGAGACAGAAAGGGCCUCUAAUAGGCUUGCUAGUCCUAAGCGGCGUCUUAUCUUUGCUUGCUGGCCCGGCAACUGCUGUUCUCAUGAUACCGAGGAUGAUGGAUUUGCCUAUUGGGGGUAGCAUCUUCUGGCUCAAUGGGAGUCAGUCGCAGUUAUGGCCCGAUGUCUUAGAAGCAGACCUUUCCCUAGUUAAUGAUUGCUCUGCCGGCCAAGAACGCCUCCACAGGUUUAGAUGUCCCUCUGCUGGGUUUCUUCCCCUAUACAGUUAUUAUUCCCAAUGGUUCAACUUUGCAGAAAACGUCUACAAGAUACAGUUGGAAGAAAGCACUCUCACGAAGAGUAUGUACGUUGCUGGUGCCUUUGGACAGCAAGGGGAUACUUGGACGUAUACAACCCAUGCUCCUUCUGCAGUGCUCCAAAGUGCCGCCGUAUCUCUAUACCGAGACGCCUUGAACAGCUUGCGGACGACCCACCCUGGAGUCGCCCCAUACCCGGUUAACUGGAUGCUCGCACAGACAUGGAGGUGGAAACUAGAGACUCAGGUACCCGCAGUGAGGGUGGCUUGCCUUAGGCAUGAUCCCUUGACUUCCAUUGACGAGGGAACACUGCGGAACAUGAAGUUUCCUAAGUUAGAUACAAACUCACUAUACAGCGAGGAGCAGAAGCCGACUAUUAGUGUCUCGAUUGACGUCAGAAGUGCUGUGCUGACUUACUUGUCAAGCAACGAACUUUCGAACAAUUCAGCUCUCUUUUUGGAACAACGAUUGCCUAGUCCCCUUGUCAUACCAAUCGAAUCACAGGCUGGCUCUGCAAGCUCUUUAGCAUUGCUCAUUAUCGAAAAUGAAACAAGAAGCUCCCGUGGUUUAGCCUUAACUACAUGCACUGUCGAUGCCCGUUGGGCUAAAGGCCGCUCUGUUGUCGAAACGAAUGGCGGAGGACUAAUUGGACAAGUACUUUCUUACGACUUUUACGGAAGUCGGUCUCGUAUUGUCGUUGGGGCGGAGCUGGAAAAGGACGAUAGUCCUUCUGCUUGGAGUGAUUUUGAUCCUAAGAAGCCAGAGCUGUAUAAGUCAAUCCGGAUUCGAUCUAGCUGGUAUGACCUUUUGUUCCCGAGAGUCUCCGAUUCUUCGUUACCUGGUGGCAUUGUAGCCGAUACUGAUACAAAAACCAACACUUCCUUCACGCCUUCGCUUCUGGAGAGAAUGGUUUCUCUAACGCAAAUCCCUUCCAUCAAUACAACCAACUCAGACACUCAGCUGGCCUACCUCGAAAUACACUUAUCAACAUUUUUCGCAGACGGGAUUUCUCACACCGGUAUGCAACGACACCUCGAUACGUGGCGUUUCUUUCCGGCAUGGGAUUACGGAUACUGGAAGAACGGUUCUGAGACUAUAUUUCGUAGUAUGGUACGCAACGGUGACCCAGUCGAGACGUUUCCCCGACCGUCGGGGCUACAAGGCGAAAACGCGACGCGGAUGGUCGUUAAAGCAAUAUUUACUGGAUAUGCUAUGAAAAUUCAGGGAUGGUUUGACUGGGUAUCAGCGGUAGUGCUUCUCUUGCACGCUAUUGUUGCCAUCGCUUCUACCGUUUGGCUUCUAUGGGAAAGACAAGUAGGCGAGGGCUGGGACACGAUCCCAGAGCUGGUUGCCCUGUCCCAGCAGUCGGCGCCCGCUGACGGUGGCGUCUUGAAGAACACGUGCGCCGGAGUGCGUACAAUGAGAACUAUGGAAGCCGUAGCCGUGGUAAGAAGUCAGUCGUUGGAUGAGCCGGUGAACUUUGGUAAAGAGGAGCUAUGCCUAAGGUUCCGGCAUUCGUGGGAGACAAAAGUACCAGGUUCAAUUCCGAUAGAAGGCGAGAGAUAUGGAGCUUUGGAGUAA